CUGCUUCCCAUAUAUAUACACUGAAACUCAGAAAGAAAGAAGUAGGAGCAACAACCAAGCAACACAUCAAAUUAUUAAAUACAUUUUGUUUUUUAAUUUUUGCAGUGGAAUCUCCGUCGUUUGAAAAGUUUGAACCAUGACCAAAACGACCACCGAAAUUGUCGUCGCUCAAGACAACACACAACAACCGCCGCAACAACCACCACCACAGCUACCACACUUUCCCAACCUCUUCGCUUUCUUACCCAAGUUCAACCUUCAACUUCCCUUCAUCAACCUACCACCGCCGAAGCCAAAGAACGCGCACACUCCUAACGCCGACGCCGCUGGCGAUGGAGCCAAGGAGGAGAACAAGUCUUCCAGCAACACCAAGCCAGGGUUCGUACGGUUCCCCAAAUCGGAGGUGGUUGCUCUUCCACACCUUGAGGCUGAGGUUGAAGAAUCUACCGUCAAGACUUCCAAUCCUUUUAUCCUCUGGCAGGUUUAUGCAUUAGGAGCAUUGUUCAUUUCAAGUUGGGUUUGGGCAAGGUGGAAUGAGAGGAAGGCGCAGGGUAAGUCUCCCAAUGAUGGGAGGGCUGAAGGAAGCCAUUCCGAUGAUAGUCGUCGUUCUUCCGACGACAGCAAUAAUUAAACCUUCCAGUAGAUCGAUCGGAUGUUGAUCUUUUCAGACAUCGAAUAGAAAAUUACAUUAGCGAUAUGCAACACUACAACAGAAAUGCUUUCACAGUAUCAUAUGAAUGGAAAGAUUGUUUCAUUUUAAUAGGCACAUGUUAUAACAGAUGAAGUGGUGAUAUUUAUCAAAGUUCGUAUAUGAUUUACCUCCUUUUAUCUCA